AUGAAGCCAGGUUUCAGUCCCCGUGGGGGUGGCUUCGGUGGCCGAGGGGGCUUUGGUGACCGUGGUGGUCGUGGUGGAGGCCGAGGAGGUUUUGGUGGAGGCCGAGGAGGCUUUGGCGGGGGCCGAGGUCGAGGUGGAGGAUUUAGGGGCCGUGGACGAGGAGGAGGAGGAGGAGGAAGAGGUGGUGGAGGCUUCCAGUCUGGUGGCAACCGGGGUCGUGGUCGGGGAGGAAAAAAAGGAAACCAGUCGGGGAAGAAUGUGAUGGUGGAACCUCAUCGGCAUGAAGGUGUCUUCAUUUGUCGAGGAAAGGAAGAUGCACUAGUCACCAAGAAUCUGGUUCCUGGAGAAUCAGUUUAUGGAGAGAAGAGAGUCUCGAUUUCAGAAGGAGAUGACAAAAUUGAGUACCGAGCCUGGAACCCCUUCCGCUCCAAGCUGGCGGCAGCAAUCCUGGGUGGCGUGGACCAGAUCCACAUCAAGCCAGGGGCCAAGGUGCUCUACCUUGGGGCUGCCUCAGGCACCACUGUUUCCCACGUCUCUGACAUUGUAGGCCUGGAUGGUCUGGUCUAUGCAGUUGAGUUUUCCCACCGCUCUGGCCGUGACCUCAUUAACUUGGCCAAGAAGAGGACCAACAUUAUUCCUGUGAUCGAGGAUGCUCGGCACCCACACAAAUACCGCAUGCUUAUCGCAAUGGUGGAUGUAAUCUUUGCCGAUGUGGCCCAGCCAGACCAGACCCGGAUUGUGGCCCUGAAUGCCCACACCUUCCUGCGUAAUGGAGGACACUUUGUGAUUUCCAUUAAGGCCAACUGCAUUGAUUCCACCGCCUCAGCUGAGGCGGUGUUCGCCUCUGAAGUGAAAAAGAUGCAACAGGAGAACAUGAAGCCUCAGGAGCAGUUGACCUUGGAACCCUACGAAAGAGACCACGCUGUGGUUGUGGGUGUGUACAGGCCACCCCCAAAGGUGAAGAAUUGAAGCUCAGUGCUGUCUGAAUUAUAAGAAAUGUGUGUUGCUACUGUUGCACGUGUGUUUUUCUAUUAAAAUACUCAUCCGUCUCCCUA